GCGCCACGGACGUUAGUCGUGUGUCGGACGUGCGGUGUGACAGAUCGACAGAGAGCGCAGCGUACGCGCAGGCACAGUUUGGCAGUCAUCGCGACAGCAGUUUUGAGGGACCUUGUCACCGUGGUCCGCUCUCGUUAUCAGCGUAUUCAACAUCCUGACGCGUCAGCGAGCAACGCCGAGAGGGCAACGCAAUCGGCAUGGCCAAUUUGAGACAAACACCGUUGACGUGCAGCGGUCACACGAGACCCGUGGUGCAUCUCGCCUUCUCAGACGUUACCGAGACCGGUUAUUACGUGAUCUCUGCGUGCAAAGAUGGCAAUCCUAUGUUACGACAAGGUGAUACUGGAGAUUGGAUCGGUACAUUUGAAGGGCACAAGGGAGCAGUUUGGGGUGUAGCAUUAAAUCCACAAGCUACACGUGCUGCAACAGGAGCAGCUGAUUUCAAUGCUAAAGUUUGGGAUGCAAUCAAGGGGGAAGAAGUACAUUCUUUUCAACACAAACAUAUAGUUAAGUCUGUCAAUUUCAGUACCGACUCCAAUCAUCUAUGUACGGGCUCCAAUGAGAAGAUAGUGCGCAUUUACGAUCUUAAUAAACCAGAAGAAGCUCCACAAAUCUUCUCAGGUCACACGAGUGGUAUUAGGCAUGUCGCUUUCUUCGACAACAACUCUACUUUAGUCUCUUGCGCGGAUGAUAAGACAUUGAGGGUAUGGGACAGAAAUAGCGGGCAAGAAGUGAAGAGACUAGACUUCCCUGCGACUCCAAGUUCUAUGGAGGUAUCCAAGGACGGAACAAUUAUCACCACCUCUCAUUCUAACAUCGUCACCUUCUGGAAUACCAAGGAAUUAACAAAGAUAAAAGAGUUCACGGUGCCCACACAAGUGAACAGCGCCAGUCUGCAUCAGGACUGCAGCAUCUUCGUGUGUGGCGGAGAAGACUUCAAGAUAUACAAGUUCGACUAUAACACUGGCGAAAUAGAGUCGUUCAAAGGACACUUCGGACCUGUCCAUUGCGUACGCUUCUCCCCGGACGGUGAACUGUACGCGAGCGGAUCAGAAGAUGGUACGCUGAGACUAUGGCAGACCACGGUCGGCAAGACCUAUGGGCUGUGGCGUUGUGUCGAGCAGACGCCCGCGAUACAAGAGAACGCCGCUGUGAUUAACAAUAAGCAAGAGGUGCCUGCCAACUAAAAAUCUCACAGCGAAGCAAGCAAGAAGCUUAUCAGACAUACCAUGUGCGCGGACGCGUUCCCUAUCUAAUGAUCGUCCGAAUGACACACAGAGACAUGUCUCUUGGACCAAAAUCGAAGAAUGAACGGGCAAACGGAACACCCGUGUCGCGGACACACUCCCUAUUUUACGGGCCAUUUUUAAUCAUUGGUGGAAAUCCUUGUAAAUAAUACAAACGGAUCCCACUGGAGCCUACUGGGGAAAGUUUACUCGCCUCCGUCGUGUCAUACAUAUAUAUAUACAUAUAUAAUAUAUACAUAUAUAAUAUAUACAUAUAUAUAUAUACAUAUAUAUAUAAUAUAUACAUAUAUAUAAUAUAUACAUAUAUAUAAUAUAUACAUAUAUAUAUAUACAUAUAUAUACAUAUAUAAAUUCCAAGUAAGACUAAAAGGAAGCGAGAGAACCAAGUAACACGCUCUUUUCUCGUAGAGAAUGCGCCGUCCGAGCGUAGAAGCGCGACGGACACGAUCGCUAUUUAUAUUUGCGACGAAGAAAAGAGAGAGUAAAACGGAGAAGAAAAAGAAAUAUUAACAUUUAUUAACAUUAUACAUUGUCAUUAUUAUAAUACAAAAUUAAGGUAGAGGUGUAACGUGAGAAAGAAAGACGAGUUUGGAACGAA